ACUUGCACCAGUUCCACUCAACCUUCCGGCUCGGGCGAGAGAGACGCGUAGGCUGUGUUUUGGACCAAAAUAAGGAAGGAACGUUUGGUCUGUUUGAAUAUUUUUCGCUAACAAGAUACCAAAUGAACACAUGCACCCUGCUUUGGAUUUAAUGCUUUUAUUUCACUUGCAUAAGAUCUAUUUACAAGCGAUCAAAAAGUAAAAUCCAUAUCUCUUUGCUGACUCACGAUCAAAAAGCUUCGUAAUGGCGCCUGGAAAAGAUACCUGGUCUUAGUUGGACAAUGUUUCCCCAUGUAAACCAGUUGUUGGCUUCACAAGCUUGCGGUUUUAGUGUUUGCCAGUCUUGUCCUCUUUCUACUUCAUCAGCCUUAAGGACAAGGCAAAAGAAAAAGAAUUUCUAUGAGAUCCUCGAUGUACCAAAGGAUGCGUCACAAACUGAAAUCAAAAGUGCAUUUAUCAAAAAGACCAAAGAGUUCCAUCCUGAUGUGAAUCCGGAUGACCCUGACUCACACAAGGCAUUCAUCAAAGUUAGUGAGGCAUACACCACCCUCAGCAGCUCUGCUCGCAGGCAGCAGUAUGAUGCGAGACUUAACUCUUCAUUUGCGUCAACAUACAGACCUGCAACAGCUUCUACAUAUUCCUCGUCUAGUCCAUUUGGCCACAGAGAUGGUGAACAUCAAUAUUACCGGAAUAGGUACAGAACUAGCGGUAUCCCACAUCAUGCAUCCAGGCCAGUCAAAAGUCCUUACAACAAGACUGUGAUACUGGGAACCCUUCUCUUCAUGGCUGUGGGGGCAGCUGUACAUUAUGGUGUGCUUCAUUUUAAUCACAAGAAGUACAAGGAACAAGUUGAAAAAGCCUCGAGGCAGGCAAACCAGGCAUACUCAGAUGCCAAGGAGAGAGCUAAGACAAACACUUUGCAAAAACAACUGGAGCUUCUCACAGCUCACCAUGACUUCCAUGUCAAAGCAGGAAGAACUGCUAAACGAGUAGAUUCGACUAAUAUAAACGAUUAGGUAUAAAUUUAGAUAACGUAUAAAUGCUGGUUUUAUCACCCAGACAAUAUGAGCACCUGUGGCGCUCCAAAUACCCCCCCUCCCCCCCAACUCACUUGCAACUCGAAAUAAGUUUGAUUAGCACCCAGGUCACUAAAAUAGGAAUUUACGGUUAGUGAGGUACAUUGGUAUUUUGUGCAUCGUUACUUCCUCCCUUUUUUUCCCCACAAAUUUUGUUUGAUAUUUGCAACAGCUGUUUAUAUAAUGCUCAAAUAAGCUCAAAUGGCCCUUUCCCGCAUCAAUUUAAGAAACUAUAAUAGCGAUGAUACAGGAACAACGAGAUGCAAUGUGCUGCAGUAUGAAUUAUAUUUUAAGUUAUUUACAACAAUGUAGAAUUUUAAAUAUCGUGGAAUAUCAGUAAAGAAAGACAAUAAAUCGAAUAAUCAAUAAUUUGUUACUAAAUCUUAUACUGCAAAAAAAAAAAAUUAGCUAAAUUUUCUGAGGCUAAACUUCAGAAAAACCCGCCAUAUUUGUUUCCAUUGUGUAAAUGCCUCGUUCUUUAGAAACAAUUAAGGCUGGGUAUUCUGAAGUUACUCCUUUACUGGUUUGCCUAGAUUGGAAAGACGAGUUUCUUGUGGAAAGAGGGUUGACACUUAAACAUAGCGCAAAACGAGUUUAGCCGACGAAUGAACUACCUUGGGUAUCAGAUGCUCAAAGCAUGACUCUUUUAAGUAGCUAAGGGUUAGGAAGAACGUCGGUUAUAACGUCCAUCCUGAGACUUCCACCAGAUUUUAAGAACAUGCUAAGAACGUCUGAUGCGCUCUAAAAAAAAAUCAAUUUGUGCUCAUGAUAACAACCUUAAAUAUUAUUGCUAUUGAUCAUUUGUGCAAUAUUCUUUCUAAUAAUUCAUUGGGUAUUAUAUUUUUAUAUACACUAAAAUUUAAGAAAUUCCUUCAGACAACAUUUUCAGCCUUAAAAUUAUUCAAAAUAAGAACGUCCCAGCUUCGACUGAAAAUCUUACAGCUAACAAGUCUUCUCAAGGUUACCCUGGCUCAGAGCCUAUAAUGUAGCUAGUUUGAGUUUACUUGGGGCACGUAGCCUCCGUGUGUUUUUGCUAUUGGUAGAAAUAAAAAUCAUCUAUUUGUU